AUGGCUCUUCUACAGUACAAGAACUUGGUCAAUUACGAAGAACAGACGGCCGCAUUCAAAGACUUCUUGCAGAACUUCAAGUCAUCUUCCACUGAAGCAGAAGAUGGCCUGGAAGACUUGCGCUUGGACGGAGAUGCCACGAGUGAUGAGUACGACUUUAUGGACGACGUAGACAAUGGUGCGGCGAGCAGGCGGCGAACUCGAUCAAAAGCAAAAUAUAUGAACAUGCUGCAAGAUGUUGCAGAUCGUAAGAGCAGCCAAAUUCUGGUUGAUCUCGAUGAUCUCCAAGAAUACGAGCGGGCUCUGGACAAUGAUGGAGGAUCGACUCUGAACCUCGUCUCCUCCAUCGAACGGAAUGCGCACCACUAUAUCGAGAUACUGUCUCGAGCAGUCGACGAGUGCCUGCCCAGACCCGAGCAGGAACCGAGUUUCAAGGAUGAUGUGCUUGACAUCAUCAUGAGCCAGCGGUCGAAACGAAACGAGGCCGUCAUCGCACAGCAGGAAGCCAAUGUAGAGGACGGCAUCCCUGAGUCAAUCUUUCCUCCAGAGCUAACUCGAAGAUACACACUCAACUUCAAGCCAAUCACACCAUCAGGGUCCAGCAGUCAGAAAGGCGGCAAGGCGUUAGCUGUACGGCAGGUUCGUGGCGAGCAUCUUGGCCAUCUGAUCACCAUUCGUGGUAUCGCGACCAGAGUGUCAGACGUAAAGCCAUCUGUGCAGGUCAACGCAUACUCUUGUGAUCGCUGCGGUCAUGAGAUAUUUCAGCCUAUCACCUCUAAAUCAUUCACUCCUCUGGUUGAGUGCACGUCGCCGGAUUGUCAAGAGAACAAAGCCAAGGGUACACUGUUCCUAUCCACGCGAGCAUCGAAGUUCUUACCAUUUCAAGAGGUCAAGAUACAAGAGAUGGCUGAUCAGGUUCCCGUGGGUCACAUUCCUCGACAGCUGACAAUCCACUGCCAUGGUGAAUUGGUUCGACAAGUGAACCCAGGAGACGUUGUCGAUAUUGCAGGUAUCUUCUUGCCCACGCCAUAUACUGGUUUCAAGGCAAUCAGAGCUGGCCUGCUCACAGACACAUAUCUCGAGGCACAGUACGUCCACCAGCACAAAAAGGCCUAUGAUGAUAUGGUACUGGCACCCACCACAAUCCGAAGGAUGACUGAGCUUGAACGCUCCGGCCAAUUGUACGAGUAUCUCAGUCGCUCGAUUGCACCAGAGAUCUUUGGCCAUCUGGACGUCAAGAAGGCGUUGCUUCUGCAACUGAUUGGCGGCGUCACGAAGGAGAUGGGCGAUGGUAUGCGCAUUCGUGGUGAUAUCAAUGUGUGUCUGAUGGGCGACCCCGGUGUUGCAAAGUCGCAAUUGCUGAAGUACAUCACCAAAGUCGCUCCUCGCGGAGUCUACACUACCGGACGGGGAAGCAGUGGUGUCGGUCUGACUGCGGCAGUCAUGCGUGAUCCGGUCACUGACGAGAUGGUGCUUGAGGGCGGCGCACUGGUUCUAGCAGACAACGGAACAUGCUGUAUCGACGAAUUCGACAAGAUGGACGAUGCAGACCGAACAGCAAUUCACGAAGUUAUGGAACAGCAGACAAUAUCGAUUUCGAAGGCCGGUAUCACGACAACGCUGAAUGCGAGAACGUCGAUUCUGGCCGCCGCCAACCCAUUGUACGGGCGCUAUAACCCGCGCAUCUCACCCGUGGAGAACAUUAACUUGCCCGCCGCACUGCUCAGCAGAUUCGAUGUCCUAUUCCUGUUGCUCGACACGCCAUCUCGCGAUGCUGACGAGGAGCUCGCCCGCCACGUUACCCAUGUGCACAUUCACAAUGCGCAUCCAGAGCCUCAGGGGGGAGGUCUUAUAUUCUCACCCAAUGAGGUGCGACAGUGGGUGGCUCGCGCUCGAUCUUUCCGCCCAGUGGUUCCCAAAGCUGUGUCAGACUACCUGGUGGGGGCCUACGUGCGGCUCAGACAGCAACAAAAGCGUGACGAGGCUGGGAAGAAGACAUUUACUCACACUUCCCCACGAACGCUGUUAGGUAUCCUUCGUUUGUCCCAAGCCCUGGCACGUCUCCGAUUCGCUGAGGAGGUCAUCACCGAAGAUGUCGAUGAGUCCCUCAGGCUGAUCGAAGUCAGCAAGGCAAGCUUGUACGACGAUAACAGAGACCGAAGAGGAGAUCAGUCUGCCAGCACCAAGAUCUUCAACCUCAUUCGUGGAAUGAAGGAGAGUGGAGCUGCAGCCACCGGCGAGGGUAGUGGUGAGCUCGAUAUGAGACGAGUACGAGAGCGAGUGUUGGCCAAAGGCUUUACCGCCCAGCAACUCGAGACGGCUAUUGACGAAUAUGCAACGAUAGAUAUCUGGCAGACUGCCGCGGAAGGAACCAGGCUCGUAUUCAUCGAAGCCGGCGAGGAAGAUGCGGAUAUGGGUGACGAGGACUUUUAAUCAGGCAGGCGCCAUGGUAGCCACAUCUGAGGUGUUCGGCGUUGAUCGAUCUGGAUGGAUACCGUUGAAAGUCGCGUGGAGUUCUGUUGUCGGCAUUAGCGAAGGGUAAAGAGGCCGCCCGCCGGUCCUAGUAUAACACCAGUCUAUUGGAUGAGUGAGUUGCAACUUGACAUUGUGCAUGCACGAGUCCUGCGGCAUUCUCCAUUAUUAUG